AUGAGUUUAAGUAAAAAACGGAAAGUCGAUACAGAGUGCCGUGUUUUUAACAAAAAGUGGAAUAAUGACUAUUUCUUCAUUGAACAAAGCAAUGUUGCUUUAUGCGUUAUUUGCACGGAAAAGGUUGCUGUUAUGAAAGAAUAUAAUAUUGGUAGACAUUAUAAAAGUAAGCACGCAUCUACAUACAACGAGUUAUCUGGUAAACUACGAUCAGACAAGUUUGAAAUAUUAAAACAGAAUUUACUAGCUCAACAGUCAAUUUUUACAAAACGAUCACGUCAAAAUGAAUCUCUCGUAAAAGCAAGUUUUCAAGUAGCUCGUACUCUGGCGAUAGCCGGAAAACCUUUUACUGAUGGCCAAAUUGUAAAGGAGUGA